CGACGGGGACGGCGGCGGCCCGGGGGGCGGCGUGGACGCCCGUGGCGCCGGCUGGGGCAUCACCGCGGGUCUCGAUCCCGAAAUGGCGCUGCUAGCCGAGCACCUGCUGAAGCCGCUGCCCGCGGACAAGCAGAUCGAGACCGGGCCUUUCCUGGAGGCGGUGUCGCACCUGCCGCCCUUCUUCGACUGCCUCGGGUCCCCCGUGUUCACUCCUAUCAAGGCGGACAUCAGUGGCAACAUCACGAAAAUCAAGGCCGUCUAUGACACCGACCCCACCAAGUUCCGCACCCUGCAGAACAUCCUGGAGGUGGAGAAGGAGAUGUACGGAGCCGAGUGGCCCAAAGUGGGCGCCACACUGGCGCUAAUGUGGCUGAAAAGAGGCCUCCGCUUCAUCCAGGUCUUCCUGCAGAGCAUCUGCGACGGGGAGCGUGACGAGAACCACCCCAACCUCAUCCGCGUCAACGCCACCAAGGCCUACGAGCUGGCCCUCAAGAAGUACCACGGCUGGAUCGUGCAGAAGAUCUUCCAGGCAGCGCUGUACGCGGCCCCCUACAAGUCCGACUUCCUGAAGGCGCUGUCCAAGGGGCAGAACGUCACGGAGGAGGAAUGCUUGGAGAAGAUCCGCCUCUUCCUUGUCAACUACACGGCCACCAUCGACGUCAUCUACGAGAUGUACACCAAGAUGAACGCGGAGCUCAGCUACAAGGUGUAGUGCGUGUCGCCGCCCCCAGCACUGUGAAGUCCGCCGCACCGCGCGGCCCCGACCGGCUAGCAGCCUGGAGCGGCCCCGUGGGCCGCAGGGGACAGCCUGGUCGUCGUCUUCUUCUUUUUCUUCUUCUUUUUUUUUUAUGUCAACUAAUGGAGCAAUACAUAACCGCCCCUACUGCCAGGUCUUCCCAGCAGCGGACUUGGCCCCACCCGUCGCUCAGCAUGUGUGAGAGCCAGGCCUAGGCCCGAGGGGUUGAGUUCCGGGUGCCCCCUGCCAGCCCCCCCAGCACAGGUCCUGGAUGGGGGGUGGAGGGGCGGGCACAAUGAAGUCACACCCCAAGGAAGAGCAUGGGUGGUCGCCAAGGGCGCGUGCACCCUGAGCUCCCAGCCAGCUGGCUGCCUCGACCCAGAUGGCUCUUGUGUUGGGUUCGGUUUUAUUCCGUUUGUGUUUUGUAAGAGCUGAAAAACAGCCAGCAAGGCUCGGGCUGCUGCCGGCCACCCUACCGCCGGGCACACCCUGCCGUUCCAGGGGACGGUCCAUCUUCUUCAGGGACACUUCUCUCCCCCCUCCCCAGGAAGCCACCAACCUUGUGCACUUUCUCUGCAGGGAGGUGGGAAGACAGAAUUGAACCUGUCCCCUCCCCCCCAAAAAAAAACUGUGGGGACCCAAGAUGCCGCCUCACUGCCUUACCUGUCCUCCUCCCCAGGGGACGCCACAAGAGCUGUAUUUUUUUAUACAGAGUGGGGGCACACAGAACGACCCCAAGCAAUUGAUGCGUGUGUUCACAAAGAAACAAAACAAAAAACAAAUGGAACCAUGUGAUUUUUACACAGAAACAAAAUAAUCCUUAAUAAACAAAUCUCUAUUUUGGAAAUCA